CUCGUCCUAACGAAAGCGGAAGGAUGGCAAGCGGUCAGAAUGCUAGUAGUCCAGUAGUGAAAGAGCACUUGUACAAAGUCCUAGUCAUAGGAGAAUUCGGCGUCGGUAAGACAUCUCUAAUUCGUCGCUACACUGAAGGCUUUUUCUCUCCAAACUACAAGUUAACUAUUGGCGUGGAUUUUGCAUUAAAAACGCUUCAAUGGGAUGAUAAAACGAAGAUCAACUUGCAGCUGUGGGACAUUGCUGGUCAUGAGCGUUUUGGUCAUAUGACAAGAGUUUAUUACAAAUACGCCAUAGCAGCAAUCAUUGUCUAUGAUUUGUCAAGACCAGCAACCUUUGACUCAGUCUUGAAGUGGCAUAAAGAUGUUAAUCAGAAGGUAAUGCUGGCCAAUGAGCAACCAGUGCCUAUUCUUCUACUUGCAAAUAAGUGUGAUCUUGAAGAUGCACACUUUGAUCCCAACCAGUUGGAUGAGUUCUGCAAAGAGCAUAAAUUCACUGGGUGGUUCCCAACGUCAGCAAAAGAUAAUCAAAAUGUUGAUGACGCCAUGACCUUCUUGGUGACAAAAAUCCUUAGUCUUCAGUCAACAGGCCAAUCACAUCCACAAGAUUAUAUAUCACUGAAAGAUAGAGACGAUGAACAGAAUGAAUCAGAAGGUGAAGAUGAGAAGCAGUCACAGUCAGAAGAAGAGGGCAGAAGAUGUUGUAAUAUCUAAACAUGAACUGAGCUUGAAGUUCGGUUAUUUCCUCUUUUCCAGUUAAUAACAAAUUUUAAUCAACUAUCAUCAAGCCAUGAAA